CACCAUACACAUAUAUGCGGCCUCACCUUGAGAGAGGCUGCUCCACAGUUCAAGUUGUUUAAAACCGCAAGUACGCGUGCCAAGGGUACGUACCGAAAAUCCUCCACACACCGAUCCUGCCAUGCCAGUCUUUGAACCUUCGUGCAUCCAAAUGGAGAUCAUCGACGGCCCAGAACUUUCUCCGACACACUUUACUGGGCGGUCUUCUUUUAUUCUGGGUAACUGGUUUCGACGUCUUUCUGCCAUCUCCGCUGGUUCCUUUACACGGACUCCAGAACGCCCACCGUCGACUGUCGAUAAUUCUCCACAUCUCAUCGUGGACAAUUCUGCUUUACCGAUCAUCGAUUCAUCCAAAACAACUUGCUACUGGUCUCAUAUGGAAGUAUUACAGCCAAUUGGUGAUCUGCAAUCUUCCACGAUAAAUGGUCGAUGCCAGUCCGAAAUGUUAACAAGUGACAGCAUACACCCCCCUCGUAAAGGAAGGCUUUCGUUCACGGUAGUGGACUACUGCGCUGUGCUUUAUAACAAUCCGGAAGCACCCCACACGAUGAUUCAUUCUGUGAGCCUGUGGGUGGAUGCCGAGGGAAUAGUGCCUCAUAAAUUCCUCAUUAUGCACGCCAUUCGUCUUCCUGGAGUCGAAUACUACAUUCGACUUGACCGGCGCCCGGGCCCUAAUCAGCCGUCUAUCGCUAUAUCAAGUCAGUCUGACGCAAACGAUGAGGUCACGCUUUCGAGAGAACUUGACCACUUGGUUCAAGUUGGUAAACCCGUCAAAGAGUUGUCAAGAAUAAUCUUCCCAAUCUCGCCAACACUUCGGGAUGUCAAUAUGAUUCUUCGAGCUGUCUGUGAAUCAUAUCCUCAUUAUGUACUCUAUGCGGAGAAUUGUUGGUGGUGGUCCUCAAUUAUUCAAUAUUUCUUACAACUACAGCACAGUGGUGUUUAUGUGGUGGGGCCCUCUCUUAUACAUCGGGGGGCUGGGAACGACGAGAGGAUUGCUAUUAGGUUGAGGGAGCUCCGAAAUAAUUGGUCCAGAUAAAUGUGACACCCAAGGCAAACCCCCAUUUCCGGCUCCCUUAUGCAGGCUCAUCGGAUGAAGCUGCCGAUGAGCACCCGUUCCCUAUGUGAACGCCGUCGAGGCCUUUCGUGCUGAAAUCUUCAACAUUCAACAUUUUGUCCUGGGUGUGCUUCAUCUAAUGCCUGUGUUGCCAUGUAUUACUCUACUAAUUUGCGACUCCCCAUUUACGCCGCGCCUAGUUGUCUG